CCUAUAACCACCGCGUGAGUUCCAGUUCCGGCUCCAGAUUGGCAUUGCAGCUUUAGGCAAGAAUGAAUUUUCAAGGAAUCUUUCGCAAGCUGUAAUAAUCACAGCGUCCAGAAACUGAUCCCACCACAUCUUAGUAACUGUUCCGGAGUGAGGAAAUAAUUAAUUUCCCUUUAGUUGACGUUUUGUUCACAUUUCAACGAGAGGGAAACAUGGCGACGUCCUUGAGUUCCACAGGGAGCGCGAGGCUGCUGACUGCUUUGGCCCGAUCUAGUUUGCUGUACAGUUCCUUCCAAAGCAGAAGCUUCCAUGCAACAGCAGUGUGCUGCAAGAACCGGGCGGCUCGGAUCCGAAUUGGCAAAGGAGACAAGCCGCUGACAUACGAGCAAGCGCUGCAUCCUCAUCACAUCGCUCACCGCAAAGGAUGGCUGUCUCAGCACACCAGUAACCUGAAGGGAGAGCAGGGUGCGGCGGAGCGGACCGUGGAGGACGUCUUCAUCCGGAAGUUCAUGUUCGGGACCUUCCACGGUUGCCUAGCCAACGAGGUGGUGAUCAAGCGCCGUGGAAACGUGCUGGUCGUGUGCGCGCUGAUGCUGCAGAAGAUGACGCCUCAGAGGUUUUACUUUUUCAUCGGCUAUUCCGAGGCGCUGCUCUCCCACUUCUAUAAAUGUCCGGUGAAGUUAGAGAUUCAGACGCUGCAGGAAAAGGCCGUGUACAAGUACGUCUGACAGAACGAGCAUGUCUGUCUUUGAGUCGUCUGAAAAUAAAAACGUUUAACAAAGGAGCAUUGGACAGAACUGUCCAGCGAUGUAUUGAUAUGUCUUUUGUAUCUUUUCAUUUGUAACUGGAGCAUCAAACCUGUUUUUAUGGCGUCUGCAUUCAAUCAAAAAUGUCCGGACUGACAUGAUAUCAGAUUGCAUUUUGUACAUUUUGUGCAAAUUUGUCCAUUUAUAAAUGCUGUGUAGAUUUGUUAGAAAUGAAUGGAGAUGUAAACACGUGAGCUGGUGUUAUAAUGUAUAGACAUAGAAUAUGAACAGAUUAAGGUAACAAUAAAAUCCAGGUUUUUAAAGUCAUCUUUUACUGUACAAUGUGACCUUUUAUGCUCAAAGUUGGCAGAAACUCAUUGCUCUUUAGUUUAUGUUGCUGACAACAGUUUAGGAUUAUUGUACAAUGCCAGCAGAUUCAUAUUAAUUCACUGCAAGAAAGCUUUAGCUAAAUAACUCCUUCAAAUAAAAUUAUUUAAAAUU